GCCCAGUGGGCGUGUCUUAGAGUAGCUCCGCCCUGUUGUGCUUGACGCAGCGAAUCCCGGAAGAGAAGCGGCUGCUGCCUGUCAUUGAGUGGAGCUGCAGGUGGGGGAGAGCAGUGAGAUGCAUCGAGGAGCCGGCCGCGCACUGACUCUCCCAGGGACUGACAAAUGGAGAACCAAGCAAAGUUGCAAUGGACUGGAUGAAACAUCCUGAUACAUCGCUCUCCCACGUGUCAUGGCAUCAGAGAUGGAGAAGACUGACGCCCUCCUUCACACCUUCAGCAUGGCCUCUGCACUCUCCAGUUUAGGACUUGGGCUCUUCUGCUUUGUGGCCGAUAGAGUUCAGCAGGCGGCAUUCAUCCAGCAAAAGGAUUGGCUGAGAGCACUUUCUGAUAGCACCACCCACUGCGUGAUAGGCAUGUGGUCCUGGGCCAUUGUCAUUGGCUUGAGGAAGAGAAGUGACUUUUGCGAAGUGGCCCUCGCUGGUUUCUUUGCCUCGGUUAUUGACCUGGAUCACUUUUUCCUUGCCGGCUCUGUCUCCUUAAAGGCUGCUACAAACCUUCAGCGUCGCCCCCCUCUCCAUUGCUCCACUCUCAUUCCGGUGGUGGCCCUCACACUCAAGUUCCUCAUGCAGCUCCUGAGACUUAAGGACUCCUGGUGUUUCCUUCCUUGGAUGCUGUUUAUAUCAUGGACUUCCCACCAUGUUCGAGACGGAAUACGCCACGGACUGUGGAUCUGUCCGUUUGGAAAGACAUCCCCUCUGCCUUACUGGCUCUAUGUGAUGAUCACUGCCUCCAUGCCCAGCCUGUGCUCCCUAAUCAUGUGUCUCACUGGAACGAGACAACUCAUGACGACAAAGCACGGGAUACACAUCGAUGUGUAACGUUAACAGAUGCCUUGAAAUCUCAUGAAUCUGAGUGUUUACAAAAACAUUCUCUCACCUUUUCUCCACCCAGUUCCACCACUUUUACCUCUAGAAGACACAUCACAUUUAUACUUCUAUAUGACACUGGGUACAGUUGUUGAAGCCUUAAGUAGUGUGUUCCCAUUAAUGGCUCAUAUUCAGGGUUACCUGCUGGGGGAUAUUAAGCUUCCUUCAUCUUUAUCCCAUCUCCUGACAUGACAUUCUCUAACGGAAAAGAAGAAAUUACCCUCACACACCCUGACCGUCUAAUAGAUAUGAAUCCUCGAUGAAAGAGGAUUGGCAACCUCAAAUUCAGUAUAGAAGAACAGAAGAUCACCGGCACAA